AGGGAAGAGGAAGAAGCUGCUGUAGUUACAGUCAGACACACGGGUAAAGAGACACAGACCGGUACACGUGCUUUUAAUCAUCUGUUACCAGAUCCUGAAAAUGGUAUCAAAGAAGAAGAAGGAGGUUAAAGUUGACUCGCUGGUUCUUGAUGGCUUCGCGGUUGAGAAACUUAAACGUUUUGUGGAAGACAAAGCUGAAAACGUACCGUCAUUACUGUUACAUUGUAUACAGCUCCAAGAUGGCGUCCAGCAGAUCCACUGUAUCAAAAAGAUUGUGCCUCUCUUGGAAGAUCUACACAUCAGCUCUGCAGAUACAGACAUGCUUUAUUGCUGCUUAAAUGUCCUGGCUAAGAUGUACUUCUCUGUCGCCUCCAAGAACCCUUUGAAAAAAGCUUUGGCCAGCUCGUUGAAUGGCCUCUCGGAUCGCUGUACGGCUGCAGCUGCUCCGGUUUUUAUACGUUGCAUGAAAGAGGACAUUGAGAGCGAAGAUCUAGGACAUUAUCGGAAAGCAGUAGAUAACCUGGCUUCCUGCAUGGAGAGCUUUAACCUCGGUACCGCCUGUGUCGAGAGUCUGUUCGUGGAAAUUCUUCAAUUCCUGGUAAAGGUUUUACAUACGUUUCAAAGUCAAAACAAGAAAGUCCUUGGUAACGGUCUUGCUCAGACGCAGCUGAUGCACGACUUGUUAACAGCUGUGAAGUUUUCCAUGGUUCUGGUGCAGAAGGUUCAGGAACCCAUAAGGACCGCGCUACGGGCAGACGACCGGUCACCUCUUUGGAAGACUAUGUGUGAUCUGCUGUCUUGCUUCACUGAAAUAAUCAUGGAUGAGGACCUCUUGCAAAACGUUCAAAGUACAUCAGGGAUGGCGGUCAUUCUUUACUUAAAGACGAUGUUUGAGGACGGCGAAAAGCUCCCUAAGUUGGUUAGCGACGUGGUCCUCGGUUCUCUGGAUCCAGACGCUGUGCCAGGCUGGUUUAUGAGUUCCUGUGGUAGUCGGUGUAAAGAUCUCUCCGACACAGCGAUGCUCUUUCUCUGUCAGGGAUCUCUGGCCAUGCUGGGGUGGAAGAAUGGCAGCAUGGGAGACAGUGGGGAUAAACUGCUGCUUGACCUUUUAUCGACAUUACUGACGCUGAGCUCACGUUUAAAAGAAUCAAGCACAGCUAUGUUUCUAUCCAGAACAUUAGCCCUCUGGACAUCCUCGGCCCUGGACGUCCUCAGGUCAUGCUCCUCAGACUUGAAACCCAGCCUUAGAGGGAGUUCUGCUGCGUGUGGCAAGCUUCUGGAAUAUGUGUACAUCCACUGGGAACAUCCGCUGGACGCCAUACGUCACCAGACCAAAGUCAUUUUCAAAAACCUCCUCCAGAUCCACAAAGCUGCUGUUUCGGAAAAGGAUGAGGCCGAAGACCUGUUUCUUUCGGAACUGACACACAAAUUAUUAGACUUAGAGUGGCACUCCAAAGGGAAGUACGCCUCCCUCGCUUGUCUCGUGGAGUGUGUAGGAGCUGAACAAAUUUUGGCUGUCGAUCAGUCAAUCCCAGUCCAGAUUCUGGAUGUUAUGGGAGACCAGUCUUUUGCACCCUACGCCAGUAAUCUCUUGGAGGCAAUGUUUGUGAACCACAAAAACCAGCUCAUGACGAAAAAUGGAGAAAACUCCUGGAUCGAUCAGUGGCAUGAUGCCUGGGUCUCUCCUCUUCUCUUACGAUUAUGUGAGGGAGAGAUAAACCAAACCACGUACAUCAUCGAUUACUAUUUACCCAAAUUACUGAAAUGCAGCCUUGCAAGCCUUAAUUACAUGAUAGAGAUUCUGCGAUCCUCCGCUACAACAAAUGUUGGCUCUGCUAAUAAUCGUGGUGCCCUUGGUGCUUUGAUGGCGUGUUUGAGGACAGCCCGAUCCCAUGGGCACAUAAGAUUUACAGAAAACUACGUGUGGAGUGGAGUGGUCUCUGUAUCCUUAAUCCAGCAAGGCUUGGUCCACAUCCAUGACCAGGUUAGGGUCGAUGCUCUGGGUCUACUGUGUGAAAGCCAUUGGACCACAGAGGUGGUGUCACUAGACGAGAUGAACUUGGUCCUAUUCUUUCUCAAGUAUAACUUAAACUGCCAGUCUCCAUCUGUAAGACAGCAGCUGUGCUACCUGAUGAGGAAGCUCUUUUGCCGCAUACAGGAAAGUUCUCAAGCUCUGUGUAAACACGAACAGAGCAAAAACCUAAAGAGAUCAGCGGAAGAGAAAGCAUGUGCUCUGGAUCCAUCUGCGGCUCUCCAGCAAUACAGAGAAUUCAUGACGUCUGUAGCAAACUAUCUUUUUGAGUCUCUCUUCCCUGGUUCUUCGCAUCCAACAAGGUUUUCGGCCUUAACUAUUUUGGGAUCUAUCGCUGAAAUAUUUCCUGUUGAAGGCUCUUGUCAGGCUGUGUUUGCGCUCGCUCGGUCGGUCAGCGGUAACAAUGUCCGCGCUCUCUUAGAGUGCUUCAGUAACACCUUUGAGGAAGUGAAAAAUCUUGCGUUUGAACUUCUCAGAAAGCUGCCGCCAUCUGUUUUAGGCCUUGAGGACCCCAAAAAGCUGAGUAUAUUGUUGGAAGCGGCUCUGAACUUAAGCACAAGUACAAAGCACUUUGACUGCGUGACGGCUUCCUACCUCCUGAACUUCUUGAUCUACCAAGAAGGACUCCAGACUGCGCUAGAAAAUCGGAUACAGAACCGACACAGACCGUCGGCUCUUCCAAACCCUAAAGCCAGCCUCGUGGAAAAAAAUACCUACUCUGUUGUCAGGUUAUUGAUGGGCAGCCUUGAAAAUGAAAUUUUGCAAGCUGAAAGGUCCUUGCUGGAAGCCGCGGCGUCGUUCCCUUUGUACGGCAGAGUGCAUUGUGUUAGCGGAGUGUUACGGCAGCUCUCUCUAAAGGACCUCUCAAUGGUGGCAGAAUGGAGGCAGCUGAUAUCGGAGCUCAUCUCAAUGUCAUACAGACUCUCUGAGGUUGUCUCUCCGGUUGUUCAUAGUUCAUCCCCGGAAGGUCUUAUGCCUAUGGACAAUGACACUGAAGCAGCUACUCAGUUGCACAUGAUAAUGAGCGAGAUACAGCCACGGGACACAAAUGAUUACUUUGCUCAGCCAAGAACAUUACAGAAAGAAAAUGACCCACUUUAUCAGCUCCUCCCUGAAGACGGCGUACCAUCCGAUUCCCUGUGUGCAGAAACCAAAGGGAAAGAUGGCCCGUCCUGUAACGUGUCGGCUCAGAUGGUGCUUGUCUGCUGCUGGAGGAGUAUGAAAGAAGUCUCGCUCCUUUUGGGAAUGCUUUGCCAAAAUCUCCCCCUCCAGGACCUGUCUGACUCCGCUUGUGGACUGGUUACCGUUGAACAGGUUAAAGAAAUGGGCGAAUAUUUUAAGCAUCACCUUCUGCAGUCCAGACACAGAGGUGCGUUCGAGCUGGCCUACGUUGGCUUUGUGAAGCUCACGGAAAUGUUGAUCGGAUGUACCGAGGAGAGUCUGCGUUGCUUACCGUGCCAGUGGUUAUGCAAUGUCUUGGAGGAAAUUAAAUCUAGUGAUCCGUCUUCUAAGCUAUGCGCAACCAGACGGAGUGCUGGAAUUCCAUUCUACAUACAGGCUUUGUUGGCGUCCGAACCAAAAAACAGUAAAGCAGGUCUGCUGAAAAUGACUAUGAAGGAAUUAAUACACCUGGCAUUGCCUGCAAGCGAUCCAUCUGGAAACACCAGCACAAUCCCACAGGUUCACGCUUUAAAUAUCUUAAGAGCCCUAUUCCGUGACACACGUUUGGGUGAAAAUAUUAUUCCGUACGUCGGCGAGGGGACCCGGGCUGCUAUUCUUGGCUUCACUUCACCCGUCUGGGCAGUGAGAAAUUCCUCCACGCUCCUCUUCAGCACGCUGAUUACAAGAAUAUUUGGAGUCAAAAGAGGAAAAGAUGAACGUUCCAAAAAAAAUAGAAUGACAGGGAGAGAGUUUUUCUCUCGAUUUCCAACCCUCUACCCCUUCCUCCUGGAACAUCUGGAAGUUGUAGCCAACACCGUUGACAGGGACACCGGGGAAUCAAAGCUUCAUCCCAGCUUAUUUCUUUUGCUUCUGAUCCUAAGUAAGCUUUAUCCUUCUCCGAUGGAUGGCACCUACUCUGCUCUCAGUAUGGCUCCUUUCAUACCCUUCAUUAUAAGAUGCGGACAUUCCCCAGUGUAUCGUUCACGAGAAAUGGCCUCCCGUGCUCUUGUUCCAUUUUGUAUGAUAAAUGACAUACCUCAGACUGCACUGGAACUGCUGAAAAGCCUCCCCGAUUCCAGUAAUGAAGGAGUUAAGCAGAAUCGCAUUCAUGGGACUUUAUUGCAGGUUUUACACUUGAUGCAUUCCUUCUUCGAGGCUAAACACACAGCUAAUUCAGAGCGAAUUAAGCAGGAGGUGUGUGAUCUCAUCUUGUGUCUGAAAGCCAAAGUGUGGCUGGCCAAGAGGCAAAAUCCGUGUUUGAUAACCAGGGCUGCUUUUAUUGAUCUAUUGACUUUGUUCAUUAACUAUCUUGGAAAGUCUAAAAGUCAAGAUGUAUCCGGCUUCACGGAUGAUAUAGCCGAUGUCCUGGAGGAGUGUGGAUUGAGAGAAGGCGCGUGUCACACUCACGCGGUUCCUGGUCAUGUGCUGUACAUGCAGAGUGUUGCCCAGCUGGUGUUAUCAGUGCUCUCUGUGCACGUGACGGGAGGAAGCACGGACACGGAUCGGUCUAAGACCGGUGAUCUCGACUUCCCCGGCCUGAUUCAACAUAUGUUAACGUCAGAUUUCCAUGAAGUACGCCUGCUGAGUCUUCAGUCCUUGCUGCAAUGGGUCACGCUCAGUCCAUCGGCAGCUUCAUACGUUCAUUUAUCUUUAGACAUUGAAAAAACCCUGUGUCAGAUGAUAACAAAGGAAACCAACUCUGAAUGCUUAUGCCAGGUGCUGAAAAUCUGUUAUGAACUGGAUGCCAAAAAGAUACUUUUAAUGGCCAAAAACCAUUUCCAUGUGGAGGCAAGGGAUUUUUUGCAACUGAUCGUAGAACUCGCGUCUACAAGAAGCCACAGCCUAGAUAUACAAAGCUCAGCCUUAAAACUCUCAUCAAAGUUGGUCAUUCGUCUUGUUGCUGAGUCCCAAGAGGCCCCUGAGUCAGACCUGCGGGACUGGAUCGCUCUGCUGGUGCAUUCUUGUGAAGUUGAAGUCCAGACGGAAAACAAAAUGGCGGCUGCAGAGGUCCUCAUUAAUACUGCCCCGUAUCUCCUCCUCUGUCAGCGGCCUGUACUUGGUCUGUCGGAGACAUUAAACCUGUGGAAGUGUGUGGUUCAGCUGCUGCAGUGUGAGGAUCAGGACGUCCGAGACACAGCUGCAGAUAUUAUCAGAGUAGCUCAGCGAAGCAGCUUGUCUGGAUCAGUGUUUCCAUUCUGUGCUGUGAAUCCCCCCAAGGCUUUGGACCUGACCCUCUGUGUCCUGUGCGAGAUGCUCCGGCGCUGGGAUCGGGUUCCGGAUGGCGUCCUUGUCCUGACGGAGUGGCUUUUGGAUGAAGAUGAUCUAAGUGAUCUGCAGACGGCGAAAUCGGUGGAAGACGACUUCUUAUUUGAGAAAGGAGAAGCUAAUUUUUGGGCCGAGAAACUUCUUUAUGUCCGUCUUCUAUCUACACAUCUCCGUAAGCUCAUCUCCGCAACUUCUUGCUCGCUACCCAGUGCGAGACUCCGUCAGCUCUCAAGCGGUGUGUCGGAGCAUUGUGAUCGCACAGAGCGAUCUAUAGAAGGAUUGCCUCCCUCUCCAGAAUUUCUGAAAACCAGCGAAUACACACGAUUACUCAUCCAGAAAGAAAGGACAUCUAAAUGCAUGGAAAUACUAUCUCUGAUACAGAAACAAAUGAACAAAGACAUGCAUUAACUUUAAUGUAUAUAUAUUUAUAUAUAUAUAUAUAUAGUGUUUUGCUGUUUCAUCUUGUAUGCUCGUAAUAUCUCGGUGGUUUUAUUACACCAACAAUUUUAUCGUCUUUGAAAUAAAAGUCCAAAUGUUAUUCCA